UGGAUCUUCCAAGACUGCUGAAGGAUGGCGAAUGCAGAAGAACUGAAUCGAUAGACUUUGAAUCAUACAGAAUUUUAUGCAGAGAAAAAAAUCUUCUAAUGGAAACAAAGCAAGAAGUAUUUGAAAUGGAUUUUACCACUGAAGGCCGACUGGGAACACGGUGUAUGCUGCUCUCGCUCCUGCUCCUCGCAGCCUGGGAGGCAGGGAGCGGCCAGCUUCAUUACUCCGUCCCAGAGGAGGCCAAACACGGCACCUUCGUGGGCCGCAUCGCGCAGGACCUGGGGCUGGAGCUGACGGAGCUGGUGCCCCGCCUGUUCAGGGUGGCGUCCAAGGACCGCGGGGACCUUCUGGAGGUAAAUCUGCAGAAUGGCAUUUUGUUUGUGAAUUCUCGGAUCGACCGGGAGGAGCUGUGCGGGCGGAGCGUGGAGUGUAGCAUCCACCUGGAGGUGAUCGUGGACAGGCCGCUGCAGGUUUUCCACGUGGAGGUGGAGGUGAGGGACAUUAAUGAUAACCCGCCUGUGUUCUCAGUAAAGGAGCAAAGAAUGUUAAUUUACGAAUCUAGGCUGCCAGAUUCUUUGUUUCCACUAGAGGGCGCAUCAGAUGCUGAUGUUGGAUUAAAUUCUAUGUUAACCUAUAAACUCAGUCCCAGCGAAUACUUUGGGCUAGAUGUGAAAUCAAACAGCGAUGGCAACAAACAAAUUAGACUCUUGUUGAAAAAAUCCUUGGACAGAGAGGAUGCUCCUGAGCAUAAGCUACUGCUGACAGCCACGGAUGGAGGCAAACCUGAGCUCACAGGCUCUGUUCAGCUGCUGGUCACUGUGCUGGAUGUGAAUGAUAACGCCCCUACUUUCCAGCACCCUGAGUAUGAAGUGAGAAUCUUGGAAAACUCAGACAACGGAACGACAGUUAUUAGACUGAAUGCUUCUGACAAGGAUGAAGGGACGAAUUCAGCAAUUUCGUACUCUUUUAAUAGACUGGUGCCGCCCAAGACUCUUGAGCAGUUUAGCAUAGAUGCAGAUACAGGAGAAAUCAUAACUCAAGGAAAUUUGGACUUUGAGCAAGUAGAUGUCUACAAAAUCCACGUUGAUGCGACGGACAAAGGACACCCUCCGAUGGUGGGCCAUUGCACUGUUUUAGUGAAGGUAUUGGAUGAGAACGACAAUGUGCCUCAGAUCACUUUGACUUCCUUAUCCCUGCCUGUUCGAGAGGACGCUGCACUGAGUACUGUCAUUGCUCUAAUUAGCGUUUCGGAUCUGGACUCUGGAUCCAACGGGCAGGUGACCUGCUCCCUGAGUCCUCAUGUCCCCUUCAAGUUGGUGUCCACCUUCAAGAAUUACUAUUCGCUUGUGUUGGACAGCGCCCUGGACCGAGAGACCACAGCUGACUAUCAGGUGGUGGUGACAGCGCGGGACGGGGGUUCUCCUUCUUUGUGGACCACGGCUAGCGUGUCUGUGGAGGUGGCCGAUGUGAACGACAAUGCGCCUUCAUUUGCGCAGCCUGAUUACACGGUGUUCGUGAAGGAGAACAACCCUCCUGGAGCGCACAUCUUCACAGUAUCGGCGAUGGACGCGGAUGCGCAGGAGAACGCGCUGGUGUCCUACUCGCUGGUGGAGCGGAGGGUGGGCGAGCGCUUGCUGUCGAGCUAUGUGUCUGUGCACGCGGAAAGCGGCAAGGUGUUCGCUCUGCAGCCUCUGGACCAUGAGGAGCUGGAACUGCUGCAGUUCCAGGUGAGCGCGCGGGAUGCUGGUGUGCCUGCCCUGGGCAGCAAUGUGACUCUGCAGGUGUUUGUGCUGGAUGAGAACGACAAUGCGCCCACGCUGCUUGGACCUUGGACACCAGGAUCUGGUGGUGUAGUGAGCGAACUUGUGUCACCUUCAGUGGGUGCUGGCCAGGUGGUCACAAAGGUGCGUGCAGUAGAUGCGGAUUCUGGCUAUAAUGCCUGGCUGUCUUAUGAGCUGCAUCCUUUAGCAGGUGGAACGCGGAGUCUGUUUAGGGUAGGUCUGUACACGGGCGAGAUCAGUACCACGCGUGCCCUUGAGGAGGCAGAUGCACCACGCCAUCGCCUAUUAGUGCUGGUGAAGGACCACGGGGAGCCAGCGCUGAUUGCCACAGCCACUGUGUUAGUGUCUCUGGUUGAGAACAGCCAGACUCCAAAAGCCUCUUCGCGAGCGCAAGGUGCCACUGGCCAGGAAGUUUCGUUAGUGAAUGUCAACGUGUACCUGAUCAUUGCCAUCUGUGCGGUGUCCAGCCUACUAGUUCUAACCCUCAUGGUAUACACCGCACUGCGGUGCUCAGUUCCACCUACAGAGGGUGUGUGCGGGGCAGGGAAGCCUGUGCUGGUGUGCUCUAGUGCGGUAGGGAGCUGGUCCUACUCACAGCAGAGGAGACAGAAGGUUUGUUCUGGAGAGGGACCACCCAAAACCGAUCUCAUGGCCUUCAGCCCGAGUCUUCCUCCUUGUCCGGUUGUGGGUGAGCAUCAGGAUUUGAACGACGAUCAUUGCUCAAGACAAGCCCCGCCCAACACUGACUGGCGUUUCUCUCAAGCCCAGAGACCCGGCACGAGCGGAUCCCAAAAUGGUGAUGAAACUGGCACCUGGCCCAACAACCAGUUUGAUACAGAGAUGCUGCAAGCCAUGAUCUUGGCCUCUGCCAGCGAAGCUGCUGAUGGGAGCUCUACCCUGGGAGGGGGCGCUGGCACCAUGGGUCUGAGCGCUCGAUACGGACCCCAGUUUACCCUGCAGCACGUGCCUGACUACCGCCAGAACGUGUACAUCCCUGGCAGCAAUGCCACGCUGACCAAUGCCGCUGGCAAACGAGAUGGCAAGGCUCCAGCAGGUGGUAAUGGCAACAAGAAGAAAUCGGGCAAGAAAGAGAAGAAGUAAUAUGGAGGCCAGGCCUUGAACCACAAGGCAGCCUCCCUCCCCAGCCAGUCCAGCUCGUCCUUACUUGUACCCAGGCCUCAGAAUUUCAGGGCUCACCCCAGGAUACUGGUAGGAGCCAGGGCCAUGCUCCCCGUUGGGAAACAGAAACACGUGCCCAAGCCAACACCCCCUCUCUAUACCCUAGGGAGUUGAAUAUGCAAAGAGAGUUCUGCUGGGACCCCCCUAUUCAAUCAGUGAUUGUACCCACAUGGGUAGCAGGGUUUGUGUGUGUGGACAUACACACACACACACACACACACACACACAAACCAUGCCACACUCCCUUAGUUACAGCUGAACUCCUCCAUCUUCCAACCCAGGCAGGCUUAUCCAUCUCCUGCCGCCCUCUCCCCACCCCACCCACUCCUUCAGUCCCUCUCUUUGAGCAAGGUAGCUGGGCUGUUGGGGUGACCGGUGAGCUAAGCCGGCUCCUAGUUCUGAACGGUAGGGAGAGUAUUACAAUCUUUUGGCCUCUCCUUCAGUUCAGCUUUCCCCCAAAGCAUGGUUUGGUACCAGUCUUCUCUUUUCCUUCCAGAGCCUGAGACCAAUGCUUAAGUUUUGGGGGAACAGGCACCCUCCCUCUGGUACUGAUGAUGCUUGCUGGAUUUUGGGAAGGCAUUUUGCUACUAAGCCUCUUUUCAAUGCCUGGGGACAACUAGUCUUUUGUUUUUCAUUGUUUGAUGUUCCCACUGCAUGCUGUGACUUCCCUACACCUCAAAGAAGAGACUCCUUUGCAUGUCUGGAGACAGUAGGGGGUGGUAAACUAAAGGGAAGUUGAGAGUGUAUACUGCUGGGAGUGGGGCAGUGGACAAAACAGCCUGUUAAUAGGGUCUUGCAAGGGGCUCUGUAUGUACCCAGGGGACUGGCUCAAUCCUCACAUUCUAGCCAUAGACAAACACCAGGCCAGACCCCUCCAUUCUGGUUCAGCCUGGGCAGCUUGGGCUGAGCCACCAGGACCAAUGGAUUUAAGCUGACAUUUCAGUCCAAGACGACGACUUCUAAGUGAGUUUAAGACCAGAGAGGAAAGAGGGGCCUCUGUGGGUGCUGGGUACUCCAGAGGUGCCCUUGGUGGGAGGACCAGUGGUCUUAGCAGGAAGGGGGGCCCAGCAAGGUCAUUCUUGGACCCUGGGUCUAGUCCAGUAGCUAGAAAAAGGGACCAAGUGGCCAUAAAGUCCCAGCCAAUGAUGGGGCUUUUCCAGUGGGCCCCUGUAGACCUCAAGCCCCUGGCCUCCACCUUACCAGGUGCCAUUUCUUCUCAGAAGGCCACUGCCCAGGCCCCCAGGCCGCCCCCUUGUGGCCAGAGAACGGUUAAAGCCCCCCAGUGCCUCCUUGUGCAUAGAACUUCCUCUGCCCUAGCCCUUACAGUAGUGUAGAAGAUCCCCCUCCCCCGCUGGUGUAGAAUAGCCAAUAGUAUAGUGUGGUGUGCUUUUACGUGAUGGCGAGUGGGCAGCGGGCGGUGGGCUGUACACAGCCGUCUGUCCUUUGAAUCUCAAUCUGCCUGCGCGGCCCGUGCUGUGUUUUGUGCUGUGUCCACACGCUGCGGCGACCCCUCCCUGUACUGACUUCUCUAUAAAAAGCUUCUCUUCGCAUAGUCACGUAGCUCCUGCCCAUCCCCCUUCCGAUAUCUCUCGCAAGUUUUAUACUCUAAUAUUUAUAUGGCUUUUUUCUUCGAAAAUUAAAAAUAAAAAAAUGGUUUCUUCUGAAA